GGUAUUUCUGGGAAAAGCCAGCUUCUGUUUGCACUGGUCUUCACUACCCGGUAUCUGGACCUCUUCACUUCAUUCAUUUCAUUGUAUAACACAUCUAUGAAGCUUAUCUACAUUGCUUGCUCGUAUGCCACUGUAUAUCUGAUCUACAUGAAAUUUAAGGCUACUUAUGAUGGAAACCAUGAUACAUUCAGAGUGGAGUUUUUGGUAGUUCCUGUUGGUGGGCUCUCAUUUCUUGUCAAUCAUGACUUCUCUCCUCUGGAGAUCUUGUGGACCUUCUCCAUCUAUCUUGAAUCGGUUGCUAUUCUCCCUCAACUUUUUAUGAUCAGCAAAACUGGGGAAGCAGAGACCAUCACUACUCACUAUCUUUUCUUCUUGGGUCUGUACCGUGCCUUGUACUUGGUCAACUGGAUUUGGCGCUACUAUUUUGAGGGAUUUUUUGACCUCAUAGCUGUUGUUGCUGGUGUGGUCCAGACCAUUCUUUACUGUGACUUCUUCUAUUUGUAUGUUACAAAAGUACUCAAGGGAAAGAAGCUCAGUUUGCCAGCGUAAGUGCCAAAAAAACCAUCACCAGCAUCUGUCCUUUUGGAUGCUUGGACAGAACAAUCCUUAUCCCAAGCAAAGGUGAAGAUGCUUGAGACAGAAAGUUGGAUACACAGCUGUUUAUAGUGCAGGUAGUCAUCAGCAACUCUCUAAGAACAGAGGAAAAACAACCAGCAGAUUUCUGUUUGAUGCAUCUUGCCUUUAUCUUUUUUAUUACUAUGUAUAAAGAUUUUUUACAUAAAGAAACGUAUACUGUAUUAGUAAAUUCAGUGUAUAGUUUCAAUUGGAAUAGUUCCAAAAGUGAGAUUUUUGAGAUUGUUAAUGACCAGGAACAAGUGCAAACUUCUUUUUGUUUGUUUUAAUUUUCAAGAAUUUCUUUGAAAUGGCUUUUUUUUUCAGUGCACAAAUGUGUGCAUUCCUGAUGGAUGGUAGUCAUCUAUUCUUUCCCUUUUGAUUCAAUUUUCAUUCCACUAUAUUUAUUUUUUUUCCAAAAGGUGAAUAUAUGUCAGCUUAAAUCUGAAACCACCAAUGUUUGAUGUGAUGUGCUGGUGCUCAGUCUUUGUGCCCUCUGCUGACAUGGAGUUCCUUGUUUAAAAUGUGUGUCCAUGCCAGAAGGGGAACAGUCACACUUCUUUACCUGUUGCCCUUCUAAAAGGGGCUGAUGGCAGGAGGACAGAAAGGAAAUCGCUGUUGUGGCCACAAGGAUGUGCCCUGUCCUGUGUUGCCGUGGUAUUUGGGGAGGUAAUCCCAAUAAUAAAAGCACUUGAUAGUGCAGGUCGUGACUGAGAGUUAUGGUUAUGCUGUUUAAUGGCAAAUGUUUGUAAGUGUUCUUCGUUCAGGAACAGAAGGUUAAAUAUCUUGGACGUACGGCCGUGCUUUAUCACUGCAGCUGUAGGAAUGGGAGAUCGUAAGUUGUUGUCUGUAGAUGAUCAUUUAAAAUAAUGUCUACACUUUCUUUUUAAUGCUUUAUAAGCAACAUCCAUGUUCAGCUUCAAGUGGUUUUUGAUGUCACUUUUGGAUAAUAUUUUUUAUAAACUUUUCAAAAUCAGCAGCACCAGUUACCAUUCUUUGUCCUUUAAAUGAUUCCUUUUUUUUUUUUUUUUUUUUUUACUGAGCUGUUGCAUGAUUUAUCCUGUGUUACCAUCCUCAAUAAACAUUUUACGAAAUGGUGGAA